AUGGUCCGUCUUCGCGAUGGCAUGUGGCUACCCGCCGAGGGCACGGCGACAGAGUACGCAGAGGAAGUCUACUACACCACUGAGAUUGAGGGUGGAAAAGGCCUCAGCUUGCUGUGCCCGACGAGAAAAAUCAAGACGCGGGGUCACACGUUGAAUGCGAGCACAGUCACUCUUGACGUCAAGGCCGAGUUUGACGGCGUCAUCUCAGUCGAGGCAACGCACUGGGCUGGCGCUCUCAACAAGGGUCCCCAUUUUGAGCUCUUCCCCGAUGGCAGACCACCAGAGAUCGAGGCCCAGAUCACCAAGGGCGACAAGGGCACGACGACGCUGACCUCGGGCUCGCUGUCCGCCACCAUCAACCCGGACUUUGACAUUCAGUUCCACAGCACCGACGGCUCCAAGCGACUGACGUCCCUGGGCAGCCGAAGCGUCGGCCUCGCCUACAACCCCGCGCCAAGCACCCCCAUGCAGACGGGCGACAUGCGCGACUUCAAGCACUACAUGUUCACCCAGACCACCCUCGGCGUCGGCGAGACCAUCCACGGCCUCGGCGAGCGCUUCGGCGCCUACAACAAGGUCGGCCAGAGCAUCUCCCUCUGGAACGCCGACGGCGGCACCUCGAGCGAGCAGGCCUACAAGAACGUUUCGUUCUGGCUCAGCUCCAAGGGCUACGGCGUCUUCAUCGAUACCCCCGGCCGCGUGGAGCUCGAGGUCGGCAGCGAGCGCUGCAACCGCCUGCAGACCGUCGUCGAGGGCCAGCGGCUCAAGUGGUACCUCAUCUACGGGCCCACCCCCAAGGAUAUUCUCAAGCGCUACACCACGCUCACAGGCCGGGCCGGCAAAGUGCCCAGCUGGAGUUUCGGCCUGUGGCUGACGACGAGCUUCACGACGAACUACGACGAGGAGACGGUCAACACUUUCCUCGAGGGUAUGAAGGCCCGCGGCUCGCCCGUCGACGUUUUCCACUACGACUGCUUCUGGAUGAAGGCCUUCACCUGGACAGACUUUGUCUUUGACUCGGAGCGCUUCCCGGACCCCAAGGCGCAGAUCGCCCGCCUCAAAGAAUCCGGUCUCUGCAAAAAGGUCUGCGUGUGGAUCAACCCCUACAUUGCGCAGCACGGCGAGGCCUUCAAGGAGGCCGCGGACAAGGGCUACCUCGUCAAGCGCAAGAACGGCGACGUCUGGCAGUGGGAUCUCUGGCAGGCCGGCAUGGGCCUCGUGGACUUUACGAACCCGGACGCCUGCGCGUGGUACGAGGCGAAGCUCAACACGCUCUUCGACCAGGGCGUCGACGCCAUCAAGACGGACUUUGGCGAGCGCAUCCCGACACUCGACGUCGAGUGGUACGACAAGACGGUCGACCCGGUGAAAAUGCACAACUACUACGCCUUCCUCUACAACAAGGUCGUCUACGAGGCCCUGCAGAAGCGCUACGGCGCCGACGAGGCCGUCCUCUUCGCGCGCGCCGCGUGCGCGGGAACGCAGCGGUUCCCCCUCCAGUGGGGCGGUGACUGCGAGUCCACGCCCGAGGCCAUGGCGGAGUCGGUCCGCGGCGGUCUGGGCCUCGGCCUCAGCGGGUUCUCGUUCUGGAGCUGCGACAUUGGCGGGUUCGAGGGGUACCCGCCGCCGUGGAUCUACAAGCGAUGGGUGGCCAUGGGUCUGUUGUGCAGCCACAGCCGGCUGCACGGGAGCAGCUCGUACCGCGUGCCGUGGGUGAUUGACGACGACGAUAAGUCUGACGAGGGGUGCUCGCAGACGCUGGCGACGUGGACGAAGCUGAAGUCGAGGCUGAUGCCGUAUAUCUACGCGCAGGCGCAGACGGCGGUGGAGAGGGGGUUGCCGCUUUCAUUGAGGGCCAUGUGUAUCGAGUUCCCCGAGGACCCGACGUCAUGGUACCUCGAUCGGCAGUUCAUGGUUGGCGAUAGCGUGCUGGCGGCGCCCAUCUUUGAGGAGUCGGGCGAGGUGGAGUUUUACCUGCCAAAGGGGAAGUGGACGUCAUUCUUCUCGGGUGAGCACCGCGAGGGCCCCGGGUGGUUUAAGGAGACGCACGGGUUCGGGACGCUGCCGUUGUAUGUGAGGGAGAAUACGAUUCUCGUGCUGGGGAGCGAGACGGCUGUUGGUGCCGUGUAUGACUAUGUGAGGGACAAUGAGGUGCGGCUGUACCAGGUCAAGGAGGGGGCCACGGCGACGCUGGUUGGCAGUGAUGGGAAGGAGGUUGGUGUUUUGGAGGUUGGGGCGGAUGGGAAGCUCAAGGAUACCGUCUUGUUGAAUGGCAAGAUUGCCAUCAAGGAGCUCUGA